AUGGAAAUGCGGAAUUAUCUUCCGGGUUUUCCAUGGGAACAACAAAGAAAUGUAAUUCUUACACCAGAAGAUGUAAAAAUAAAAGAGGAUUAUAUGAAACUUCCAGACUAUGAACGAAAAGUUAAACUAUUGAAAGAAGUUCAAUCAUAUAGCCGUGUUCUAAAUUCUCUUGAAGAAAACGCAACGCUUCCUCUCGAGAAUAAAAUAAAUGUAAAAGUAAUAGCAAAGACCCCCGAUGAAAGCAAAGUUGAAACAAAAUCACCACUGCUUGAAACAGUUAUCUCAAUCGCAUCCUUUUUCAAUGAAAAAUAUACGUAUCAAACCAUUCUAGAAGAAAUUCACCAUUGUUGUGGUGAUGUUGUUGCUGCCAUUAACAAAUUAUCUACAUCCGGAUAUACACCAUGCCAUUAUAACGUUCUAGAUUUUACAAAUUUGCAAGGUCCAAAAGAUCAAAUUAAAAAAUAUAUUUCAGGAGAGAUGAAUUAG